ACCAUUGACCACAUCAACAAAAGGAUCUACUGGGCUGACGAGAACCAUAUCUUGUUUUCGAACAUGGAUGGUACAAAAAGACACAAAGUUCCAGUCAAGGACAUAGGUGGCAUAACCGGUCUCACACUCUUUGAGGACUUCAUCUACUGGAGCGACCAGAAGUCAAAAACCCUCAGUCACUCGCACAAGACGUCCGGUGGCCAACAUACAGAACUCCUCAGCUCCUGGCAAACCAUUCGAGACAUUAAAGUCUACCAUCCACUCCGACAGCCUGAUGUGCCAAAGCAUCAGUGUCAAGUGACUAAUGGAGGGUGCAGUCACCUAUGCCUUCUUUCCCCUGGUGGGGGAUACAAGUGUGCUUGCCCUACACACUUCUACCUGGCAAACGACAACAAAACAUGUCUGUCUAACUGCACCGCCAGCCAG